GCUAAGCCUGGGUGUGACACCAAUAGGGAUGCAGACUCAACCAGAGUUGUGGAUAGAGACCAACUAUCCCAAGACCCCUUGGGAAAAUAUCACACUUUGGUGCAAAAGCCCCUCUGGAUAUCCAAGCAAAUUCCUGCUGCUGAAGGAUGAGACACAGAUGACGUGGAUCCACCCUUCUGACAAGACCAUCAAAGUUUCAUUCCCCUUAGGUGCCCUUACUAAGAUGAAUUCAGGACGUUACAAGUGCCUCUACUGGAAGGAAAAUGGCUGGUCGAAACCUAGUAAAGUUCUAGAGUUGGAGGGUCCAGGCCAAAGUUCCAAGCCUGUCUUCUGGAUCUCAGCUAAGACUUCCCCUCUUCCUGUAUGUAAUGUUGACAUGCUCUGCAAUGGCUGGAUAGAGGAUUUAGUAUUCUUGCUAUUCAAAGAGGCAUCUCCCGAGUCCAUGGAUUAUGAAUCCUCAACUGGGACAGUAACCAUAUACUCCAUUGCCAAUUUAACACCUAGGAGCAAAGGAAUGUACAUGUGCCGUACUCAUAUCCAUAUGUUCCCUACUCCGUGGUCAGAGUCCGGCAGUCCCCCGAUGCUAAUUGUGGCAGGACUGUAUCCAAAACCAACUCUUACAGCAUAUCCUGGGCCCUUCAUGGCACCUGGAGAAAGUCUGAAUCUCAGGUGUCAGGGGCCAAUCUAUGGAAUGACCUUUGCUUUAAUAAGGCUUGAAGGUAUGAAGAAAUCAUUUUACCUCAAGAAACCAAUAAAAAAUGAGGCAUAUUUCUUCUUCCGGUCUUUGAAAAUACAUGAUACUGGACGAUACUUCUGUUUUUACUAUGAUGGAUCAUACAGAGGUUCACUGCUCAGCGAUGUCCAGAAAGUUUGGGUAACCGAUUCUUUCCCUGAGACCUGGCUACUUGUCCAUCCAAGUCCUGUGGUUCAAAUUGGUCAGAAUGUGAGUCUGUUGUGUCAAGGGUUAGUGAAUGACGUGGGACUUGCACUUUAUAAAAAAGAAGAUAAAGCACUUCAGCUCUUGGAUACCACUACCACUGAUGGCAAUGAGUCAUUCUUCCUCAACAAUGUGACCUCCAGAGAUGCUGGCAUCUAUACCUGUCACUAUUUGCUCUCCUGGAAGACCUCCAUCAAGGUGACAUCUCACAACAUUGUGAAGCUUGAGGUUAUAGAUAAACCCCCUAAACCUUUUCUGACAGCCUGGCCCAGCAAUGUAUUUAAACUAGGAAAGGCCAUCACCCUUCAGUGUCGAGCACAUCGUCCAGUAAUUGAAUAUUGUCUGGAACGGGAAGAAAAAGCAACAGUCAAACAAGUCUCAGUGAAUGGAGACUUUAUCAUCAGUAAUAUUGAAGGGAAAGGCACAGGGACAUACAGUUGCAGUUACCGUGCAGAUGCAUACCCUAAUAUUUGGUCAUAUCGCAGUGAGCCUCUGAGGCUGAUGGGACCAGCAGGUUUUCUCAACUGGAAUUAUGUUCUGAAUGAAGCCAUCAGAUUGACCCUGCUGAUACAGCUUGUUGCAUUGCUGUUUAUAAUUCUGUGGCUAAGAUGGAGAUGUCGGAGACUCAGACUCAGAGAAGCCUGGUUGCUGGGAACAGCUCAAGGGGUCACCAUGCUCUUCAUAGUCACAGCCUUGCUCUUCUGUGGACUGUGCAGUGGAGCAUUGAUAGAAGAGACUGAAAUAAUCAUGCCAACUCCUAAACCUGAGCUGUGGGCAGAGACCAACUUUCCUCUGGCCCCAUGGAAGAACUUAACCCUCUGGUGCAGAAGCCCUUCUGGUUCAACUAAGGAGUUUGUGUUGUUAAAAGACGGGACAGGGUGGAUUGCGACCCGCCCGGCCACAGAGCAGGUCCGGGCAGCUUUCCCCCUUGGCGCCCUGACCCAGAGCAACACCGGGAGUUACCACUGUCAUUCAUGGGAAGAGAUGGCUGUGUCCGAGCCCAGUGAGGCCCUGGAACUAGUGGGAACAGAUAUCCUCCCUAAGCCUGUCAUUUCUGCUUCUCCCCCUGUCCGAGGACAGGAACUGAAAAUUCGGUGCAAUGGAUGGCUGGAAGGCAUGGGGUUUGCUCUGUAUAAGGAGGGGGUACAGGAACCUGUCCAACAACUUGGUGUGGUUGGGAGAGAAGCUUUUUUCACAAUCCAAAGAAUGGAGGAUAAAGAGGAAGGCAAUUACAGCUGCCGAACUCAUACUGAAAAGCACCCCUUCAAGUGGUCUGAACCCAGUGAGCCUGUGGAGCUUGUCAUUAAAGAAAUGUACCCCAAGCCUUUCUUCAAGACAUGGGCCAGUCCUAUGGUGACUCCUGGUGCCCGAGUAACUUUCAACUGCUCCACUCCCCAUCAGCACAUGAGCUUUAUUCUGUACAAAGAUGGAAGUGAAAUAGCAUCCAGUGACAAGUCUUGGUCAAGUCUGGGGACCAGUGCUGCUCACUUUCUCAUCAUUUCAGUGGGCAUUGGUGAUGGAGGGAAUUAUAGCUGUCGAUACUAUGACUUUUCUAUCUGGUCUGAGCCAAGUGACCCUGUGGAGCUUGUGGUGACAGAUUUCUACCCCAAGCCUACUCUCCUGGCUCAGCCAGGUCCUGUGGUACUUCCUGGGAAGAAUGUGAGCCUGCACUGCCAAGGGCUUUUCUGGGACAUGAGGUUUGCCCUCCUGAAGGAAGGAACACAGGUUCCCAUACAAAUCCAGAGCACUUCAGGGAACUCAGUGGACUUCCUCCUCCACACUACUGGAGUAGAGGAUUCUGGAAACUACAGCUGUGUCUAUUAUGAGACAGCCAUGUCAAAUAGGGGAUCGCAUCUCAGUGCACCCAUUAUGAUCUGGGUGACAGACACAUUUCCCAAGCCAAGGCUGUUUGCUGAGCCCAGUUCUGUGGUACCCAUGGGAUACAACGUUACUCUCUGGUGCCGAGGCCCAGUCCAUGGAGUAGGGUACAUUCUUCACAAGGAAAGGGAUGACACUUCAGUGAAGCUAUGGGGAUCCACCAGUGAUGAUGGGGCAUUCCCCAUCAUUAAUAUUUCAGGUGCCACCAUAGGACGCUACAGUUGUUGCUACCAUCCUGACUGGAGCAAUUCCAUCAAGUUACAGCCUAGCAACACCCUGGAACUCAUUGUCACUGGUUUGCUUCCCGAACCCAGUCUGUUAGCCCAGCCUGGUCCUGUGGUAGCUCCUGGAGAAAACAUGACCCUUCAGUGUGAAGGGGAAUUGCCAGACUCAACAUAUGUCCUGUUGAAGAAGGGUGCCCGUGAGCCUAUAGGGCAACAGAGGCCAAGUGGGUAUAAGGCUGACUUCUGGAUGCCAUCGGUGAGAAGUGAGAAUUCUGGAAUCUAUACCUGUGUUUAUUAUUUGGACACUGCCCCCCUUGCAGCUUCCAAUCACAGUGAGCCCCUGGAGGUCUGGGUGACUGACAAGCCUCCCAAACCUUCCCUCUCAGCCUGGCCUAACGCUGAGUUCAAGCUAGGGAAGGACAUAACGCUGCAGUGCCGAGGACCCAUGCCAGGUGUUGAGUUUGUCCUGGAACAUGAUGGAGAAGAAGCACCUCAGCAGUUCUCAGAGGAUGGAGACUUUGUCAUCAACAACAUGGAAGGAAAAGGCAUUGGAAACUACAGCUGCAGCUAUCGCCUCCAGGCAUACCCUGAUAUAUGGUCCGAGCCUAGUGAUCUCCUGGAGCUGGUCGGAGCAGCAGGGCCUGCUGCUCAGGAGUGCACUGUGGGAAACAUUGUCCGAAGUAGCCUGAUUGUGGUGGUGAUUGUAGCCUUGGGAAUAGUGUUAGCCAUAGAGUGGAAGAAGUGGCCUCGACUCCGAACCAGGGGCUCUGAUACAGAUGGAAGAGACCAGACCAUAGCCCUUGAAGAGUGCAACCCAGAAGUGGAACCAGACACCAACACCAGCUCUCCCUCAUCAGCCUCUCGGGGGACCUCAGUAGAGGGUCCAGUCCCUGUGUAAUAAUCUACUCCUUGACAUGAGCUUUUUUCUCUUUUCCCCACAGAGACCUGAAAACCUGCCUUGUUACCCUGGGUGUCAGUAUUAGCUACUAUUCCUUGGCAACUAAUCACCCCAGCUGAAUCCAAGAGAUUCUGGCAGUUGAGAGUUCUACCAGGAUGAGAUGUUUCUUGAAGAGAGAUUCCUUGCUCCUGUAACUCUUCACUUUACUGAUUUACUGAUGCAUGAAAUUCUAUUAAAAUGUAUUCUUAUGAAUAAAGAGUAUUCACUAUUAAAUUGCAAAAACCA